AUGUCACUUCAAACACCAUCACCCCUCCUGCGACUGCCGUCCGAACUGCGGUUGGAAAUCUACCGACACUUGUUUGGCAUCGCCCCACACACUCGUCUCCGAGUGGGUGAGGCAUGUCUGGACAGCGAUCUGCCACACAGCACCGAAAGGUCGUGGCGUCUCUCGAAAGCAUUCGAGGUCUACAUGCACAGACCCUCGCCUCCAAAUGCAAGCGAAUACGCAGAAAUGGACUAUAAGCACUGCUCAGCGACGGAACAGUCCCGACGAAAUAUAUACCGCGAACACCGACAUCUGUUUCUCGCCAUCCUGGCCACUUGCAAAACAAUAUACGAGGAAGCAAUGCCAUUCUUCUACUCGUCAACAUUCUUCGCCGUAUCGGGAAAUAUAGCAAAGGCUAGCAACUGGUUAUAUGCGAUGAGCCAUGAACGACGCAAAUAUAUUCGGAGACUUACCUUCCACUUCUGGAGCAAGGCUUUAUCGGAAUGUUUCUCGAACCAGGGCAACAUGGAGCACCUCGCUAAGCAAUUGACAUAUAUGGAUCAGAUUGACGUUGUGGAAUUGCUGAUCACGGAUACACGGACGGAGGACGAGUUGUUGGAUUUCGCGGAUGCAGAAAGCCAAGGUAUCCCGCAGUAUGCUGUGUCUCGAAGGCCGUGCGAGCCACUGGUACUGUUUGGCGUUGAGCAGUUGGAAGCAGUGCCGAACCUGGGAUGUUUACGUAUUGUGGGCCGUAUUGAUAGGCUAUUGGUAUACACUGAGGAUAAGGAGUAUUUAAAGGCCUUUGCAGAAGGCAGGAAGCGGGCUGGGCUUGGAAAGGAAAACGGGCAUCGACCUGUGGUGGAGCUUGUGCAGUUAUAG